AUGGAGCAUGAAGCGGAAACGAGGCCAACGACGACAAACGUGCUAACUGAGUGGGUUGCACCUGGAAAGUUAAAAGAAGUGAACAGCUCGGUCGAAACCGACAGUUUAGCAGACGUGAAGCCGGAAGCUGAGGCUGUUAUGGAGGCAAUGCUUACGAGUAUCGCUGGAGAUGCUGACAAGCAUUCGGAGAUUAAAACCACUGAGAAAGCUGCUCCGGGACUUGUCGCAGUCGAUGUUGACGCAACCAAUGACGUUAAGGAAAUCACAUUGGGUUUUGACGACGGUGCAAUGGAAAAAGUCAUAACGAUGUCUGAGAUUAAGCCUGUGUCUGCCGUGUACAUGGCAGAAUCUGUUGAACAAAUGAUAUUGGAAACAUCCUCUGACCUCAAGUCUGGCCAAGUGGAAUCGAUUGAAGCGUUGGGAGAUGUCAAAGUCGAAAAUGUUGAGGUGGACAAAGAAGGAAAUACAAUCGAUGCAAUUGCUACAAAGGAUACAGUCGACGGGUGUGUGACUGAUAGCGUGAUUGAGACUACUAAAGUUGAAGCCGCUAUCGAUACUGGGAGAGAGAUGGCACAUGACAUUGUCACCGAAGAAAUCGGUAGCAAACUUGUUCUAUCGCAACCUAGAGCCAUCGACGACGAAGCAGUGAUGUUUACCAUUGACAUUGACACUAGACAUUCAAUUGUAAAUGUUGCGAAAGAAGAAGGCGCUGAUCAUGGCGAUGGAAAUGCCGCAGAGACAGAAUUUCAGCCUAAGGGAGAGAGUGAAGUCGUUGCGUGUGGAAUGGUAAGCGCUAUGCCUGAGAUCGUCGACUUUGAGGCUACAGAGACCAUCCUAACUCUUGUAAGUGAGCCCAUUUCCAAAGCUAUUGACAACCAGGCUACCGUAACGGAACUUCAGGAUGAACCGACAGACGAAGAAAUCAACCAGGUUAUAUCAAGUGUCGAUGAGACAAAAGUAUCUGGCCUAGGCACAAGCAGGUUGUCUACAGACAAUGAUGAUCUUCUUUCAAAAAGCGAGAGCGAUACGAAGGAGACCUCACAGCUAGAUGAAACGUUUCAGGUUGAAACAGAUCCUAUCAAUCCUGUCGCUACAUUGAUUAAACGCUACGAACAGAUCGCCAGACGCAAAGCAAACAAAUUUGCACAGCCGCGUCAUUAUUCUCAAACUUCUCUGGUAUCACCGCAAUCGUCGUCACCUCCGUCUUCUUUGAAUGUUUUUGAGGCAACAGCGAAGCGGAAUGAGGAAAUCGAAAUGGCUAAAAUGUUCAACGAAGAGAAAAUAUGUGAGCCAGACACAUAUAAAACAAACGAAAAAAGAGUGAUGAACCCCGAAGAUGUGGUAGACAACGCCUUACAAGGUGAGACUACGUUUGAUAUUGCUAUUGCUGAAGAGGCUUUUAUAGCAGUCCAAGACAUGACGCAGGAUACAAAUUCAGUUGAUAUUUGCAAUCUAUCCAUCGGAGAUGAAAGUUUCGCUUCUGCAGGAAAUAUACCUGGAGGUGCUACAGACGAGAGAAGCUCAUUCGAGGAAUCAUCUGUGGUUGAGCCUGUAUUGGCGGGUACCGAAACAAGUACAGAGGAGCGGCCUGUGGAAACUACUACAGAUGUUCAAGAAGAAGCAGCUAUAAAUGAGCUAGACAAGAGAGUCGAGGGGAUGUCUGAAGACGAAAACGCACUUGGUAAUGCAACUGAAAGUGUGGAGAAUUUUUCUGAUGAUGAUGGUAUUAAAACGACAACGACUUUAUUUGAGACUACCAUUUCUUGCGAUUUAACAGACAAUCAACAGAGCAACCAUGAGGCAAGCACGUGUAGUUCAGAUGAUCAUUAUACGACUGAAGUAGUUAGUGCCGACUUCAGCACCAACGAGACACUGAACGAGAGUGUGAUCUCAACUCAACCUCAAGAGAGCUUGAAAAAUCUCGGCACUUCUAAACAGUCCAGAGAUAUGCCAGCAGAAGUCCCUCAGAAUGAUUUUGUUAAGCCAGAUAUAUAUACCAUGGCAAACAUGGAAAUGUCACCAACAACGAAAGGAGAGGCCAGAGAUGUCAUAUUAGCAACAGACACGUCAGAAAAUGACUCGAGCCAGCAAUCACUUCCUCCUGUGCUUGUGACGUAUGAGAUUCUUGGUGUUACGCGAGUCAACAACGUCAUCAUGUAUCACAUUUAUUCUGUCAAUACUGCAACAAACGAGCGAGUUCCUGUAAGCUCGAAGCGAUAUUCCGAGUUCAAAUUACUAGUCGAACAGCUACGAUUUUUAAAUACUCCAGAGGCUUACGAUUUGCCAGAGUUGCCUAAGCCCAACAUAAUCACCUUCUUGCGAGGACGUCGUAAUCAGACAACUAUUGAACAGCGCGAGAAAGCAUUUGCAGAUAUUCUUUGCUAUAUUUCAAAGCAUCCAGAACUUCAUACCAGUGCUAUAUUUCAAAGUUUUAUAGCGAAAUAA